UUCAAUGUCGACGUCAAGUCUUCUGAUGCAGAAUAUUAUAAUCAAAACAAAAGUGAUAAUAUAUAUUUCAAUAACAAAAUUUACUUGAUAGUCGCCUUGUUGGUCAUUGAUUUGCAAUGGAGCCCGAGGUAGUAGUUAAAAUAACGCUACCUCCAGAAGAAAUACUUGCAACCAAGCUGUUUUUAUGUCAGGUAAACAACUGCAGGGAGCAAUUUUCCAAUGCAGCUCACUUGCAAAUGCAUCUCUCUCGUCAUCAUAAAUUACCCCCGACAAAAACUACUGAUCCUUACGGAUGCGAUGCACCUUCAAAACACUUCCAUUGUCCCGCGGAGGCAUGUGUUUAUCAUAUUCGAGCCAGUGGAACCAAAUAUUUCACAAGUUUCCGUAGUUUAAAGCAGCACUAUUUGAAAAUGCAUUCGGAAAAGCACUUUGCGUGCACUCGUUGUCAAAAAUCUUUUGCUACAGAAUCCCUCCUGAGAGCACAUCAGGCAAAUUGUGGACAUGAGUUUAUAUGCAAAAUUUGUGACUAUUCGUACGGCAGCAGAGAGGCAUUGCUUACUCAUAGUAAACGAAAAAAUCAUGGUUAUAAAGAAUUACUGGCUCUAAAAGCUAAUAAACGUAAAACCAAUCUAAAAUCUAGGUUCAACAAAACGCUUAAAGCAUCACUCAACAAAUCUCAGCUUGAUCAAAUGGAAUCGACUUUCGUGUUAACAAUUUUAGGCGACAAAAAGUCACAAACUACUCAAACAGAACAUCUCUACGAGAGUGCAAUGGGAAUAAAAAAUGAAUGCUCCACCCAGACUUUAAAAUUUGGACUUGAUUCACUUUCUGCCAUGAAUACUGUAACAGUGGAUAACUUCUGCCAGACAAAUUACUUUCAGAAAGCAGAUUCUACUUGCUUUGAAGAUAGCAACUCCUCAAGUUGCAAUAACCAGCAGCUUUUCCAAGCAUCACUUGUCGAUCCUGUUAUUUCCGUAUGCAGCGAAACGCAAACAGAUCUCAUAUACGAUACAAUGUUCCCCAACGAGGACCGUGCUGAUCCAAUGCUCUACUCGCACAUGUAUACGCAAACUUGUGACGAUAUCUUUACGGAACUCGAAUUGGCUACUAUCGAAACCCAAACCAACUGGGAUGGUUUGGGAGAGUAUUUAGUUUCAGCCGAAACGCAAACCAACUUAAGCCGGUUUGAAUCACCGGACACAACAAGCAACAGUUUCCGAGAUCCGGAAAAGAUUUCUUCUAUUCAUACACAGACAUCUGCCAGCAUGGAAUUUUUAAAUGCGAUCAGUUCAGAAAGCAAUUCGAUCCAUACGCAGACUUCCUGAUAUUGUACCGAUGAGAAUGAUUAUCGUUUUGAUUUCGAAUGACGAUUUCGUGAAGUUUAAAAUAAUUAGGAUCGCAACAUUCGUAGCUCCAAAUGAUUAUGUGUUUUCAACUGUCGACACCUUUUGCUGUUAAUAUUGGAAAUAUUUUGCUGUGUAAUGUUAUUCGUAAUAAACAAAGAGAGUGACUGUUUAGAAAGAA